AUGCCCCCGCCUCCACCUACCUCGACCGUCGGAAAGAACAAAGUUACCAAGGCGUGGGACACCAAGUCGCAAAACGCCCGAAACUCCCACCUUGGCGUCCGCCGCUUCCUCAAGAGCCAGCUCCACCUCCUGAUAUUCACCCUCCUGCACUCCUUCUUCUCCCUGUACGUCAAGACGCGGCAGACAUGGAACAAGGUCUGCUACAGGGUAUCGUCCAUCAUUUCGUACCACCACCGAACCCCCGAGCUCAUCGAGAACGACGUUCGCAGUCUGCGCCAAAAACCCGAGCACCUCAGCGCCGUGCUCAACAUGCACGAAGAUGCGAGGGCUACGGAGCUGGAAAGGCUCGUGAACGAGGCCGCCGACAUUGCCGUCUGGACGGCGUGCGCGGGGAUUCCCAUGCUCUCCAUCUAUGAGCGAUCCGCGAUCCUCCAACGGUUCGCCUCGUACUUUGGCGAGCAGUACCCCGGUCUGACGGUGACCGCGCCUCACACCGAACCUGUGGACUCGGCGCCCAUGGGCGGCAGUGCCCUCGAAGGCAAGCUCAAGCACCUCAACAUCAUGUUCAUCUCGUACAAGGAUGGGCGGGAGGCCAUGGUCGACCUGACCAAGACCCUCGCAGAGAUGUCGCAAAAGGGCAAGCUGAACCCGGCCGACAUCCACAUGGACCUCAUCGACGCGGAGCUCUCCGAGGGCAUCAUGCCCGAACCUGACCUUCUCCUCCUGUUCACCCCCACGUCGAGCUCUUUGGCUACCCCCUUGGCAGAUCCGUCUCACGGAAAUCUUCCACCUGCCAGACAACCAGGGCGUCGAGUACCAGGUCUUCAUCCGUGGCCUGCGAAAGUUCGCCGCCGCGCAGAUGCGCCGCGGAAAGUAGAGCCGCCCUGGCGGAUUGUUGUGUAG